AAUUAUUUUUGAUAAUGAUAAACCGCAUUCAGAGUGUAGCAUGAGUGUUUUUAUGCGGUUAAUUGCUUAUUUAUUGAAUUUUUUACGACUUGAUAUCAAUUUCUAACAUUUAAAUUAAUUUUAAUUUUACCCAUCUUAUUUCUUGAGGGGAAUUGACAGUUUUUUUUUGGAAAACUGUGUUAUUUUUUAAUUGUAGUAACCUUUAAAUUUAUUAAGUGUUUAUCGGUUUUGUGUGUAAUUGUUAAUUUCGAAGCUUUUUCUAUUAUGACUACUCUUUUAGAUCGAUUACAAGAACACUUGGUUAAGAAACGUCAAGGACUAAAUGACGUUGAUGAGACAUUAAAAAAAAUCACUGGUCGAGAUUCAUUUGAUGACAAUAUCAACCAUGGAAAGUUCAAUAAACGUAAUCAAAUUGGUGGAGAACAAAAACAUUCACAAGAACCAUUAAAAAAAGACAUUAAGCGACUUCAAGACCAUAAACCUUUAUUUAAAAGCAAUAGUUCAAAUCGUAAAGUUUAUAUUAAUUCUAAUGAAUUUCCCAAAACUUUCAAAAAUGGCUCUAGUGUUAAUAGAAUAUCAGCUAAAGACAGAUUAGGUACAAUUGUAAAGGAAGACAAUUCUAAAUUUCAAGAAGAAGAAAAUGUAGAUGAAGAAGAUGAUGAUGAUAAUUUAUGUACUCCUAAAAAAACUCUUCAAUCUCAGGUUAUGCUAUCAUCAAAAAUUAUGAAAUCCAGAACAGAAGUUCUAGCUGCUCAACAAGGAGACCAGGUAACAAAAGAAAGAAACAGACGUAUGUUUGGAUCAUUAUUAGGAACAUUACAAAGGUUUAAAAAGGAAGAAACUCAGUUAAAAGAUAAAGAAGAAAAGAAAGCAAAAAUAGAAAGAAGAUUAGAAGAGGAAGCAAUUAAAGAAAAAGAAUCUUUAGUUAUGAAAAAAAGGGAACUGUUCAUGCAGCGUAAACAACAAAAAAGAGAUAUCAAAAAUAUAGAAAUUAAAAUGGGGUUAGUGAGAAAUUUCGAAAUAUUUGAACGACAAAUUAAUUGUACUAUGAAUUUUAUAAAAACUGAAUUUGAUCCUUCAGUAUUUUAUUUACCUAAAAUACACAAUGAGAAGACUGAAAAAAAAUUGGAAAAGACAAAAACAUAUUUAAGUAAUAUACUAGGAAAGAAAAGAAAUAUGGUUGAAAGCCAGAUUGAAAAAUUGUUGCAGCCUAAUAGUGAAGAGCAGAUGGAAUAUGAAGAUAAAGUGGUUGAGGAAGAAGUAAGAGAGAUUGAUGAGGAUGAAGAAGCUGAAGCUGAUGUUGAUGUUUAUGAAAAUCCACAAGAUGAUAGUGGUUUUAAUUAUGAGUAAAUUACUAUAUUAUGGUAUUUAUAGAAUAAAAUGUAUUUUUGAUUUCAAUUUGUAUGCCUGCUAAAAUUUUCUCAAAUUUUAAUUAUAUAAAAAAAAUUGGUCAAAACUUAAGUCAAAUUUUUAUUUGGCAUUUAUAUUAAUUUUACUCAUUUAUAAAUGGUUUUAAUAUUUAGUAAAUUAUCUCCAGCAAUUAAAAUAAUAUUAAUUAA